AUGCCAAGGCACACGAUCCCUGGUUCAGGGCUGCCGGGAGCAGCUUGGGGCCCACGGGCCAGCUCCUGCACAAUUCUCCCACCAGCUGCAGACUGUAGAGAGGCCCGUGGAUCUGGAACCUGGAUGGUCAAAUGUGUUGAUCAGUGCUGUGUGGUCCAGUGUCUGGCGCUGUCAGUACAAUCGGACUGUGCUACAGGCUGCUGCCACGUCCUCUCAGCGGCCCUGCCCAUGAGUAUCUCCAGCUGCAGCGAGUUGGAGUCUGUCCGGCUGCUUGCUGGAUGGAGCUCCAAGCCCUCCCUGAUGGACAGCACCAUCUUGGAUAAGAAGCCUUUUGUGUGGGACUUUUGGAUGUUGUGGACACUAUCUGAGGGGACUUUAGAAGAUCAAAGCAUGCAGGUGAACCCUACUUGGAAGCAUUUGGAAAUGCUCAAUCCCCGAGAAACAAAUGAAAAUUCUCAUAUUUGUCCUGCUGAUUUGACAGUUUCCACCCAAGGCCUGAUUGCUGUGUUGCCUUCUAGUGCAUCUGCUUGCAGUCUGGCUGCUUUGCAGAUGCCAUCCAUGUACCCUACAGCAACUGCUAGAUUUGGGAUUGUUAGAAGGUUGCUGUCCUGCUCUACUCUGACGCCACUGGGUGAUCUCCACCAGCUGCCUUCUGCCCUUACCAGCAUCACAGCCCUCAGGCUCAGCUUGUCCCUGGGUUACUGCCUCCAAGGCAAGUUCAUCAGGAUGUACUUUGGUGCCAGAGGCAAGUUGUCAUCCAAGAUGUAUCUGGAAGCAGCUGUUUCACUGAUUUCUUUUCUUCUAAAAAAAUCCCCAGUGAUUUUCCAGCAGCCUGAAAACUACCACAUAUUCUAUCAAAUUCUGUCUGGGGGAGAAAAGGACUACAUGGAUAUGCUCCUGGUGUCUGAAAAUCCUUCUGAAUUUCACUUUUGCUGUCAUGGAGUGGUUGCUGUGGAGAGUUUGCCUGAUGCUGAAGAACUGCUGGCCACAGAUCCAGUCAUGGACAUCUUGGGCUUUCUUCCUGAUAAGAAGUAUGGAUCCUUUAAACUCACUGGAGCCAUCCUGCUCUUUGGAAACAUGAAAUUUAAACAGAAACCCAGAGAAGAACAAGUGGAAGCAGAUGGCACAGAAAGAACUGACAAAGCUGCUUUCCUUAUCGACAUUAAAGACUCUGAGUUGUUGAAGGGAUUGACCUGUCCUUGAAUCAAAGUUGGUAAUGAAUAUAUUAUCAGAGGUCAUAUUGUCCAACAGGUGACCUGCACUAUUGGUGUCCUUUCUAAAUCAAUAUGUGAAAGGAUGUUUAAGUGAUUGGUGUCACAUAUUAACACCCUGGACACCAAGCUGUCAAAGAGGUUCUGUGUUGGCAUUCUUGAAAUCACCGGUGUUGAAAUCCUCUAUAUAAAUCUUUAAAUUUGCCUAAAGCAAUUUUGCAUUAAUUUUACCAGUGAAAAAGUGCAACGGUUCUUCAAUCACCAACUGGUUUUAGAACAAAAGGAAUAUGCCAAAGAAGAAUUGGUGUGUGAUGGACCCUUACUUGAUUGUAUAGCAGCUGCGCUGUUAUGGUCUCUUGGAAGUGAUGCAAUUCUUUUGAUUCAGUGAAACAUAAGAGCUUUCAUGACUGUGAGCUGGCCGUGGAUAAGUUUCUUCUAUAAGAUCAAGCCCCUUGUCAAGUCUACCAGAAAGGGAAAGGAGAGAGAUGGGCUGAAGGAAAACUGUGUACCACCAAAGCAAAAAGUCUUAGAGGAAUCAAUCUCAGAGGAACUAAAAGCCAAGCAAAUUUUCCUCAUGAGGAAAAAGAAUGACCUGCUACUUCAGCUGCUGGCCGAGCAAGAGACCCUGGCAAAUGUUGAAGAGCAGUGCGAGUCGCUGAUUAAAUCCAAGAUCCAGCUGGAGGCCAGAGUCAAGAAGCUGUCUGAGUUUGUGGAGGAAGAAGAGGAGAUAAAUUCUGAACGGACUGCCAGGGGGCGGAAACCCAAAGAUGAAUGUUCUGAGUUGAGGAAAGAAAUCGAUGACCUGGAAACAAUACUGGCGAAGUCAGAAGAAGCAUGCUACAGGACACAGAUCAAGAACUUGACUGAGGAAGUGGAGUCUGUAAAAGAGGAGAUAGGCAAAGUGCACAGUGUGAUGAUGAGGUAUGGAAGGCCCUCCAGCAGACCCUGGUCAGCCUGGAGUCUGAGGGGAGAGACCCACCUGAGCAAAGCCACAUUAAAAUUGAAACAGCAAGUGGAAAAGGAGAAUUACAACUUAUAUCAGAUGAAUUCAAACAUGGAGAAUGAGAAAGGAAUAGUGGCUCAGAAGAUGGUCAAAGAGCACAAGACUCAAAUGCAUGAUUUGAAAGAGGAAGCGGGAGAUGAAAGGACCACUUGCACCAGUGAAGCAGAGAGGGUUGACCUCACUCAAGAGCUGGAAGACUUAAAUGAGAGGCUGGAGGAGGAGGGUGGGGGCAGUUUGGCUCAGCUAGAGGAAACUAGAAAGCAGCAAAUGGAAGUUUAGAAGCUUUGCAGAGGGAUGAAGGAGGCCACACUGCAUGUUGAGGCCCCUUUGAAGAAGGGACAUGCAGACAGCUUGGCUCAGCUUGAGGGCCAGGUAGCAAAUCUGCAACAGACCAAGCAGAAAUCAAAAAAAGACAACAAUGAUUUGGAGCUAGAAGGGAAUUGCCUCUUCUAUGUUGAACAAAUGACUAGAACUCAGGUUAAUGCAGAGAAACUUUGUAUUUUCUAUGAAAAGUGCUUGAAUGAAGCAAAUACAAAACUGGAUGAAAUGGUGAUGCAGUUGGCAAAUGAAUUGACAGCACAGAAAAUAAAGCCAUGGAGUAAGAGUGGUAAAUUUUUUGGACUGGAAGAAAUGGGGGCUCUGAUAAGCCAGCGGAGAGAGAAGAGCACUGUCAGCUGGCACUCUGAAGAACUGAAAGGGCAACUGGAAGAGGAGACAAAAGCAGUACCCUUGAAGGAACAGAACUUGCUGUGUUUGACUGCUCUUGUGACUCCUACUGGGACGUUUUACCAACGACACUUUCCCAGUCUUGCUGUAGACCAGCACGCCGACACCACCCUUUCCGGAGAAACCAGCACUGUGCUACUGACUCCCUGCAGUCAGAAGGUGGGAGCAGAAUCUAGCCACUGGCUGAAGACGACCAUGCAAGGAAACCUCAGUGACAGACACCAGCAGGUGUCAGUGCCAAGCGUCCCCAGGCCAGCAUCCUGUUCAAAUCAAGAAUCCAGAUUCUCAGAUCUCACCCUAGACCCAUCAAAUCAGAAUCUCUGCAAUGGGACCCAGGAACCAAACAGGGUCUCAGGUGAUGCGCUGCAGGCACGGCCCUUGGCAGCAAGCAUCUCAAAAGAACUAAAGAGGGAGCAGGACAUCAGUGCUUGUUUGGAGAGGAUGAGAAAAAAUGUGAAAUAGACAAUCGAACACUUAGAAAAUAGACUGGGUGAAGUUGAGCAGACGGCCCUGGUGGCGAGCAGAGAACAAAUCCAGAAACUGGAAUCCAGGGUUCAUGAACUGGAAAGUGAACUGGAGGGCAAAAUACAAUGCAACGCAGAGGUCCAGAAGGGAGCCCGUGGACUAGAGCCAUGCAUCAAGGAUCUGACCUACCAGGCAGAGGAAGACAAAAAACUGAGCAGGAUGCAGACUGAUGAAUAAUUUGGACUAAAACUUCAAAGUUAUAAACAGCAAGUUGAGAUAGCAGAUACACAAGCCAAUCAAUAUCUUUCCAGGUAUAAGAAACAGAAACAUGAGUUGCAUGAAGCUAAGGAAAGGGCAGAGAUAACAGAAUGUCAAGUCAAUAAAUUCAAGAUUAAAGCAGAAGAGUUUGGGAAAAGGUAUGUCAAAUAUUAACCUUAUCUAAUUCUUAAUGCACAUGUGUUUAGAAAU